UGUUGACUGCCGGAGACGUACGGCUAUGUUGCCAUAUUUCGGGGGGAUAUUGGAAGAGUUGGUGUUCUUCAUGUGUUAGUCGGCUUUGCAGGCAUAUGAUGGCGUUCGGCCUAUGGUGUAUUCCCCGUUUUCCAUUCCUUGUUUCUGUUACUUGCUUCGAAUGUAAUGGAGGAGCGAUAUCUUUUGCUUUAUUUUGUAUAGAUUUUCUACCGUAUGUAACUCCAUUUAUGAAGCAAUGUUUUCAUUUUCGACCAUCGAUCAUGAACCGUGAUGCCAGGAACUUACCUUUGCCACUGGCACCGAUCAUACAGAUUAACAAUUUCCAGCGGCGUUGGAACGCUCCUAGUCAUACCCCCAAUUCAGUUCAGUUCCAUAUAACUCAUUUUUUUUUUUCAUACCUGAUCGAGGCCGGCUAUGUAAGUCGCUGGCUAUGCAGGUGCUUCACCGUUUGAAGCAGAAAAUAUGGCCCGGAACGCCUCAAAAGUAACAGUGAACCCA